AUGUUCGCGCUACCAUUGGCUCGCUCGGUCUUCCGAGCCUCUCACAUCGCCCGACCGACGCGCCCGUUUCGCUACUUCCCAAUCCCGCCGGCUCGGCCGAUCUUUCGGCGGAUCACGUCAGCCGCUCCUCAGCCUAUCGUCCUUCGGCCAUACCAGGAGGAGGCUAUGCAGGCCUGCGUGGAUGGCCUCGAAAGGGGCCUCACCAGGUUCGCCGUCUCCUCACCUACCGGCAGCGGCAAGACGACUAUGUUCACUCGCCUCAUCUCGAGGCUCGCGUCAGCCAAGUCCACUCCGGAUGGGAGGGGGCGCAAGACCCUGAUCAUCACGCCGAGCGUCGAGCUGGCGAACCAAGCAGAGGCCACAGCCCGGAAGAUGCUUGGACCGGAGUGGAGCAUCGAAGUGGAGCAAGGAAGUCGGGUCGCAACCGGCCAGGCUGAUGUCACCAUUGCUACGUACCAGACCCUCAGCAACUUGGACCGCCUCCAGAGGUUUGACCCCGCGCUCUUCAAGCUUGUCAUUGUGGUUGAAGCUCAUCAUGCGGCUGCCCAAUCAUACCUGCGCAUACUCCAUCACUUCAAUCGAGACGUACUCUUCCCAGCUGAAGACAUGGACAAGCCAGUCCCCAUCGUCGGCUUCAGCGCGACCAUGGGUCGGUCUGAUCAAGUGGCUCUUCAUCCGGUCUUCCAGGAGAUCGUCUUCCACCGCGAGGCCCAAGAUAUGAUCAAAGAGGGACGUUACCACCGAGUCAACUGCAAUGGUCCAGACCUCGGGAAAGGAGAACCAGACGACAAAGGCGACCACCAGAUGGCCUCCCUCGCUAAGCACAUGAACACACUGCUCGACCGAGGUAGGCGCCCAAGUCCUGUCACUGGCAAGACCGACGACCUCCUCGCCUUUGUCGGUGAUAUGCCUAAUCUACCCAGCUCAGCACCCCGCUCUGGUAGACCCGACAACGUCCCGAAGUCGAGCUGUAAGCCGAGCAAGCCCGCAAGCGAAGCCGUUGUCGACGAGCACUAUACAAUGGAAUGGAUCUGGAACCUGGCGAAAGAACCGCGGGAGGAGAUGGCCAAUCACGUCGAGAUGGCUGGAAUCGCGUCUCUCGACCAGAGCGACCCCCUGCGAAUUGGAGAAGCGGAUAGCAGCUGCCCAGCGAGCACAUCCCCCAAUCACUGGGUCCGAUGCGGCAAGGAGUGCUACAUCUUGCAAGUCGAUGUCCUUUUAGGCGUUCUUGAUCGGCUGGUUUCAGCAUUGGACUUGGGUGACCAACAUGCUGUGACCGUCCUGGGGUCAGACGAGGCUUCACGUCUGCUUCGAUCCGCACCGUGGAGGAGGAAGCCUGCUGCGGCGCAUAUUUCGGAGCGGAGGCUUUCAAGAUGGGGCGGGAUUGAAGGUCUCCGCGAGAGUAUCACCGCCUUCGAUACGUCGGGCAGACGGCUACCAGUCAGAAAAGUCCUAAUGGGUCAUCUCGAAUCCUGCGCCUGUGCGCUGGAGCACGCUGCUCGGGAGCAGGCUCGUCUGGAUUCGAAGAAAGCUGUAAAUCAGCGGAUGCGCCAGCGGAUGUCUGCAGCGAGGCGUCCGACCUGGCGUGCGUGA